GUGUCACAUGACGGGAUAGAGAGGCAAAACGGAAGAUAACGGUUCGCUAGUACCGGUACUUGUUGUGCUAGUCAAAGACAUAAUUUUGCCAGUUGUAUGACUGGCAACUAAUUAUGGUAUCGAUUACUAAAUUAUCAUGACUAAAGGAAGGAUGGACACGCUUGGUAGUCCGGAGAAGGAGCCACCGGGAGGGUUCUGCUCCCCUAGUCCUAGGAGAGAACCCCACCGCAAACCCGAAACACACAUGGAUGUCCAGGGGUUCAGAUGGGUGCGCUGGCGUGUCUGGCUGUGUCACAUUGGGUCCGUGUUGUCCCUGGGUCUGUUGCUGGUGCUGUUUCGCUGGCGCCCUCGUCUAGGAGUCCUUGCUCGCUGCAACUCCUGUCCCCUGGCCUUCGCCGAUAUUCUGCUUCUGAGGGACAGUUUCGGACAGCAGUAUGUCGUGGAGGUCCUCACAGAAGAGCUGGAGGAGGGCAGUUUGGAGCCGGCAGGGAGUGAGGCGGAGGACAGUUCAGACUGGAGAGAUACUGUCCAGCUACACAAAGAGGAGGUACCGCUGCUGCAUUACUACCUGUUUGAGGGGCUGCGCUACGUAUGGAUGGCCAGGAAGGGAGCCUUCUGUCGUGUUAGUGUCCUCAAUGAGGACUGGACAUGUGCUGACAUUUAUCGUUUCCGGGAGGGCCUGAGUUGUCUGGAGCAGAACACCAGGAGGAAGGUCUACGGGACCAAUCUCAUCGAUGUGCCUGUGAAGUCCUUCAUGCGACUACUGAUUGAGGAGGUGCUCAACCCAUUCUACGUGUUCCAGGUGUUCAGCAUUGCUUUGUGGCUGACAGAUAGUUACUACUACUAUGCUGCUUGCAUCGUCAUCAUCUCCCUUAUCUCCAUAUGUGUGUCUCUCUACGAGAUCCGCAAGCAAAGCAACACGAUCCGUAGCAUGGCUCAGCAGAUAACCAAUGUUACCGUGCGCAGAAGCUCCGGGGAGGAGGACAGUUUGAGCUCUGUGGAGCUGGUCCCGGGGGACUGUGUGCUGAUCCCUCAGGAGGGGCUGCUGCUGCCCUGCGAUGCUGCUCUGCUGGCCGGGGAGUGCAUGGUCAACGAGAGCAUGCUAACCGGUGAGAGUGUCCCUGUGAUGAAGACCCCGCUCCCGGCUGCUGGGGGGCGUUACAGCCCUGAGGCCCAGCGCAGACACACCCUCUUCUGCGGCACGCAGUGCAUCCAGGCCAAAGGGGGCCGGCCAGGAAGGGGCGGGGCCAUUGCCGUGGUCACAAGCACAGGGUUCUUCACAGCCAAGGGAGACCUGGUCAGCUCCAUCCUCUACCCCCAACCUAUCAACUUCCGCUUCUACCAAGAUGCUAUUAAGUUCUUGCUUUUCCUGGGGGGUGUAGCAUUGUGUGGCACAGUAUACAGCCUCGUGAUCCUAAGCAGAACCAAUACCACGUGGUGGGAGCUGGUGAUUCGGGCUCUGGAUAUUGUGACCAUCGUGGUGCCCCCUGCCCUCCCUGCUGCUAUCACCACCGGUACCAUUUACGCCCAGGGUCGUCUGAAGAGAGAAGGGGUCUUCUGCAUAAGCCCCCCGCGCAUCAACAUCUCUGGGAAGGUCUCGCUCUUUUGCUUUGACAAGACAGGCACUCUGACUGAGGAGGGACUGGAUGUGUGGGGGGUGAUAGAGGGUAGUGGAGCUGGGUUCUCUGAGCUCGUCCCUGACCCACGCCUCCUGCCACAGGGGCCCAUGCUCUCUGCAAUGGCCUGCUGCCACUCUGUGGCCUUGCUGGGGGGACAACCCCUGGGAGACCCUCUAGAGCUCAAGAUGAUCGAGUCCACUGGCUGGGAGCUGGAGGAGCCUGCAGGAGAUGACAAAACGUUAGACUCAGAGUUCGGAGGUCACAGGGUUCUGGCAGUGAUGCGACCCCCUGCCUGUCAGCUCCAAUCUGAGAGUGUAUCCAUCCAUGAGGCGGUGGCCCUCGUGCAGCGUUUCCCUUUCUCCUCGUCCCUCCAGCGGAUGAGUGUGGUGACGGUGGCUCCCGAGGGACAGUUGUCCCUCGCCUUUAUCAAAGGGGCCCCAGAGAUGGUGGCCAGCCUCUGCCUGAGAGAAAGCGUGCCUGCACAAUUCUCGAACACCCUGCGUACUUUCGCAAGUGACGGCUUCAGGGUGCUAGCUCUCGGCUACAAAACUCUGCAUGGGCAGACUGACUUGAGCACCAUUGAACGGGGAAAGGUAGAGCGAGACAUGCAGUUCCUGGGUCUGCUGGUGAUGAAGAAUCUGGUCAAGCCGGAGAGUGCCGAGGUCAUCACUACCCUCAGAUUGGCACAUCUUCGUACCGUCAUGGUCACUGGUGACAACGUUCUGACUGCAGUCAAUGUGGCUCGAACCUGUGGGAUGGUGGGCUCAAACGAGAGGGUGAUUUUUGUUCACGCCACCCCCCAGACGGGCCUGUCUAUGCCCUCACUGCGCUUCCACCUGGGGGAAGGAGGGGCGGAGGCCACAGCUACACAGAGCUCCAUAGAUAUGUACACUCAGGGUCUGUACCAGGGUGUUAUCAACUAUCACCUGGCCAUCAAUGGAAAGUCCUUCUCCGCCCUGUGUGACCACUUCCCCGAGUAUCUCCCAAAGGUGUUGAUGCGGGGAACGGUCUACGCACGGAUGGCCCCUGAACAGAAGACUCAGCUGGUCACAGAGCUGCAGAAACUGAACUACCGUGUGGGCAUGUGCGGAGACGGGGCCAAUGACUGCGGAGCCCUAAGGGCCGCAGACGUAGGCGUGUCUCUGUCAGAGGCAGAAGCAUCUGUGGCCUCUCCCUUCACCUCCAAGUCAGACAACAUCAGCUGUGUGCCUCUACUCAUCCGGGAGGGCCGGUGUUCUCUGGUGACAUCAUUCAGUCUCUUCAAGUACAUGGCCUUGUACAGUCUCAUCCAGUUCUCCUCUGUGCUCAUCCUCUACACUGAGAAGACUAACCUGGGCGACCUGCAGUUCCUGUUCUUUGACAUGGUCCUGGUGACGCUGCUGGCUAUCGUCAUGGGGAAAGGGGGCCCAAGCACAGAGCUGCACCCCCAGCGGCCCCCAGCCAGCUUGCUGGCGCUGCCAGUCCUGGCUAGCCUGACGCUGCACACCCUACUUCUCAUCCUGGGCCAGGUGUCUGCUCUGCUGAUCACCACCUCCCAGGACUGGUUUGUUCCUCUGAAUUCAACAAUGUCAGGAGCAGCGAACCUGCCCAACCUUGAGGACACCAGUGUGUUUGACCUGUCAGGGUACCAGUACAUCAUCAUGGCGGUGGUGGUGACUAAAGGAUACCCCUACAAGAGACCUCUGUACUACAACGUGGUUUUUGUGUGUGUGCUGCUGGUCUUGUUCGCUCUGAUGAGUUGGCUGGUGCUAGCUCCCAUGCCUUUCCUGCGCAAGCUGCUGAAGCUUUACGACAUCCCUGAUAUGAACUUCAAAAUCCUGCUGGUGGCCCUGGCCGCACUCAACUUUGUCUUCUGCUUCCUAUUGGAGAUGCUGAUAGACCGAGGUAUGCUGAACUGCCUGCGUCUGCUCCGAGGGAGGCGCCAGUCCAAGAAGCAGUACAAGCGCCUAGACGUCCUCCUGUCAGACUCUCCCUCCUGGCCCCCCCUGGACCAACCACUAGUCCCGCCCCAGUGCACAGUCAUUGGCCUGAGCUAGCAUCAGCCUCUCCUCCCAUUGCACAAUAUUGAGAGAUUCGAUUAUCUGGCCCAGGUUGCGUCGGUGGGAGGAGUCUAAACCGAUAGCAUUAGUUUUGGAACCGUCUGCCUCCCGGGCAUGAGUCAGCCAAGUGCCCAACUCUGUCCGAUGGCGAAGUCGGCUCAAAACAAAAGUGACGUAGGUGAAGCACGUGAAGUGAUGAGUAGGAUUCUGUGUUCACAUGUAAAAGUGAUUGCUUUAGAUUAACACUUUCUGUCUUCCCAAUGAACGUUUGAAAAUUCUAACAUUUUAUCGAUAAACCAUGCUCCAUUGUUGACAUGACCGAGCGGUGCAGAUUACUCUUCAAUUUGAUAAAGGCGCUCCUCCCUCAACGCUUUCGCCAGUUUACAUCACAGGCCAUAGACCGGUGAACCGUGGUUAAUUUUAAUCGAACUCUCUCAAUAUUUCCCCAGCCAAAGAGUGCCUAGGAUCUGAGCCACAUCCACAAUGUCGCAGUGAGGACAGUGAACAAACCUCUGAAGUCUGUUUCACACAUUUUUCCUUUUCAACAGCAGUGUGAAGUACAAUACUGUGCCACUGGACUGCCGAGUGGUGCAAGGCACUGCAUCUCAGCGUUAGGUGUCACUACAGACCCUGGUUCGAUUCCAGGCUGUAUCACAACUGGCCGUGAUUGGGAGUCCCAUAGGGCGGCGCACAAUUGGCCCAGCGUCGUCCAUCAUUGUAAAUUAGAAUUUGUUCUUAACUGAUUUGCCAAGUUAAAUCAAAAAAUCUAAAAAUACCAGCCAGUGAUAUAAGAUUAUGAAAAGCUCAAAUGUUCAAUAGUAUUAGGAAUAAAACUAUUUUUUAAAUGUU